AUUGACAAUAGUCACAUGGUCACGGUCUUGGAUGUUUUAAAGAGUGAGGUUAAGAAGACCAAGUGCAUGGCGGUUGCUGCAAAAAUGGCUUGUCAAUUUAGUGAAGAUGGUAAAUAUUUUGCCCAAAUUACAUCUGAAGGAAAAGUUAAAAUAUGGAACACGCAAACCAACGCUUUUGAACAAGAGUUUACACCAGAUUAUCAUUUAACGUCAUCAUGUACUUGUUUACAUUUCAUGUCUUUGAAUGCAACAAGCAAGCUUGGGUCCCCAAGAAAGAAAAAAAGGAGAGAAUCAAUAAACGAAACAAAUACACAUAUAGUGUUUGGAACUAGUUCCGGACGCCUAUUAAUAUAUUCGUUGUUGAAAGGUGACGUGGAUUGUAUAAUUGAUAGUGCCACAAGCCAACAUAUUAACUGUCUAUCAUCAAAUAAGAAUGAAUACAUUUAUUCAGGAACAGAUAAUAAUGUAUUGGUGUGGAAUUUUUAUAAAAAAAAUCUUAGCAGUAAAUGGCCUACAGGAAAUGACAAAGUUGUUGCUAUUUUAGCUAUACCAGAUAGUGAUAGGUUGUUAACUGCAUCAAAAUGUAUUAAAUUAUGGAGUAUAAACUCACAAGAGGUGAUCAAAACAUACACAGGACACUCUUCUUUAAUUACAUUGUUACACUAUAUUCAUCCUGUGCGGAGCACAAGUGAUGCAUAUGUGAUAAGUGGCUCAAAGGGUGAUCGACUCUUAAGUUGUUGGAAUUUGAAUGAAGAAAUUGAUGGGAAAAAUGCAAUUGCAAGCUUUUUAAUGGAAGACAUUGUGAAUCAUUUAUCUGUUAAUGUUGCACAAGAUGGUUCAACACAUAUAGCUGCUACAGUAAGAAGUGGAGUUGUACAUGUGUACCAAUAUACUUUAAAUGGCAGAAAAUGUAGUAAACCGAUAAAACCUAAAACAACAGUGCAAAUUGUUGCUGAUUCUCAACAAAAUGGAACGGUGAGUCCCAUUCACAUUGCAGCUGCAACUUACAGAGACGCGGAGACUCUGUGCAUUUGCUAUGGUACCUCAAUAACGCAGAUAUUUGAGGACGUGAAAGUAUCAGCAUAUAAGAAACUCCAGUGCCUUUUGAGGGAAAAUGUUUUAAAGCCAAAUGUCUCUAAGGAAAAUCAAAUUUCAAAACUCCGUACCCCCGUCGUGGGAAAUGACGUACAUUAUUUGUCAUCUCAGUCAAGUACAAUCAGCACAAAAAGGAAAAACGAUGGCCAGCAGGAAGUUCCUAUGGAAAAAAGGUUAGAAAACCUUAUGGUCAAUGAAAGUGAUAGCAACGAGAAAGUGCCAAGAGCAAAUAACUUUGCGAAACUCUUAAUACAAGGCUUGCAUAGCAAAGAUAAAAGUAUAUUGCAAACUGUUUUGCUAAAAAAAGAUGAGCAGUUAAUUAAAAACACCAUUAAAAGAUUACCUAUUGAUGUAAUUCCUCCGUUAUUUGAAGAAUUAACAAAAUUAAUCCAAGGUAAAACUUUGUCCCGACGAAUCGGAUUGAUGUGGGUUAAGAAUUUAAUAUUAAUUAAUACUAGCCUUCUUAUGACUAAUCCAAAUUUGUCAACAAUUUUUGGUGACAUCUUAAGAACUAUAGAAGCUGGAUUGGCUUUACAAGCACCAAGAAAUCAGUUAAUGGGGCGUUUAGAGUUGCUGGUGUCACAAAUAAAUAAUAUAUCUAAACAAGAGUCUCAAGAUUAUGAACCCGCCCUUGUUUUUAAUGAUAAAGUGUCCAGUGACUCUGAUAAUGACGAAAUGGAAUUUGAAGAGCAUUCAAGUAGUGAAAAUGAAUGGGAAGAACAAAGCAGUGGCGAAGAAGAUCCAGACAAUGUAAAAAUGAAUGAAACUGAUGAUCAAAAUGAAUCAGAUGAAGCAAUGUCUUCAUGAGUAAUUAAUAUGAAAUCUUUCUGUUGAAUUUUACUUUUUUUUCUUUAAUAUAUAAUACUACUACUUUUAAA